AAAAAGUUACGGACUGCAGCUUUAAUGUAUUUAUAAUUAGAAAACACAUUAAAAUAAUAUGGUAAGAAAUAGCCAACCAGUUUGCAAUUUAAAGCAGCUUAAAAUAACUGGAAGUGACACCGGAAGCCAGACACAUUCAAUUAAAAAAUGGCCGCACUCUUACAUUAAAAAUGAGGUGGAUAAUGUUUACAAAAUGAGAAUGUAAUGUUCUCUUACCGUUCGCAUAACCGAGAAAAAGAAAAACGUUUAGAGAACAUUCAAAAUUAACAUUAACAUGUUUUAGUUGAAGAGCGCAGGCCUAUGGGAGGCAGUGAUGCUGCGAGGAGACACACGAACACAGAGAGACUUCAGUCCAUGACACAGAGAAGGGGAAGCUUCCCAAACGCUCUCAUUUGCGCAUCCUCCGAGCUCUUCCACACACGCACAGUCGCGCGUGUUCUGCUACCAGGAGGCUCGUGCUUUAUUGUUUCGGCGGAUGGGUGGAGGAUGCAGGCAUCACGCUCCACAUUUCUCCUCUGACUCACGUACAGCUGUUUUUUUCCCCUCUUUCUCUAUGGUGGCAUCCUUUGCUCCGCCUCAUUGGUGCUACCCCCCCAUCUCUGGUCUCUCGCGCAGCUCCAGGCCAAUUGGUUGCCUUGCCUUCACCGUUAUCUGCUCUCUUCUGUCUCCGCGUCUCUCCUCUUCCUCUGUCUUCCUUCAACUCGUGAAGAAUGAUUAGCAUACAGGAGGCGAGAGGAACUUUCCAGCGCGAGUGAACAGGAGACGAGUGCGCGAAAGGAAGAACGUGGGAAAUACGAUCAGGAGCGAUUGGAAAGUUUGCGCGAAGACAACAUUUCCAGACUGAAAAUGAAAUUGGAGGAGGUGUAGUGACCUCUUAUCAGUCGUCUAACAUAGAGGGCCGUGGGGCAAACAGAGGUCUGAACCAAAGAGCAAUUAAACCGGCAAUUACAUCAGAUGGAGGUGGAUGUAGCAGAUGAGAAGCACCAUUGCACACGCUCAAAAGUUCCCCUGGAGCCAGCCAUACAAGAGUUGUUCAGUGUGUAUGGCUGUCCUGUCGCCAAGAAGAGAAAACCCCUGGAGACUCAUGCCCUGGAGCCCUCGGCCAAGAGGAAGGUCUUCCUAACAGUCGUAGACCAGCAGUCAAUGGAGAAAUGCUACAGGACACACAAAAUGGAGGAGAUGGAUGAAAAAGAAGAGGAAGAAGAGGAGGAGGAGGAGGAAGAGGAGGAGGAAAAGGAAGAAGAAGAGGAAGCGGAGGAGGAAUAUACAGACAACGAGGACCAGUAUGAUCAGGAAGAGGUAGAAGUGAUUAAUGGAGAAGAGGAAGAGGUGGAGCAGGAAGAAGAGGAAGUGGUGGAAGAGGAAGAGGAAGAAGGUGUAGAAAGAGAGGGGGAGGAUGAUGAAGAAGAGGACGAGGUGGAGGAAGAUGAAGAAGACGAUGAGGAGCAAAUUCAAGAAAUAGACAGUGACCAUAUGAACUGCAGUCCCAGCAGACCGAGCCCCUCCGCGGAGAAGGACAACAACAACAACGAUGAGUAUGACAACUAUGAUGAACUGGUGGCCAAAUCUCUGCUUAACCUGGGCAAGAUCGCAGAGGACGCUGCUUACCGGGCCAUGACCGAGUCCGAGAUGAACAGCAACUCUUCCAACAGCGCAGAAGAGGAAGAGGAGGAGGAGGAGGAAGAAGAUGAAGAUGAUGAUGACGAUGAUGACGAUGAGGAGGGCUCAAGGAAGGGUGAGCUGAGUCUGGACGUGAACAGUGAUGUGGUAAGGGAGACCGUGGACUCUCUGAAGCUCCUGGCGCAGGGUCACGGAGUCACGCUCUCGGAAAACCUCCACGAGCGGCCGUAUCCGGACGACGGCGGCGAGAACACGGACUGCGGUAACACCAACGGGCCCGCGGGUAAUGGACUCGGUGGUAAACCCACCGGUAAUGGUCAGAUGGUGGAGAAGAGCGAUGAAGAAGUUUGUCUGAGCAGUUUGGAGUGUCUUCGCAACCAGUGCUUUGACUUGGCGCGCAAGCUGAGCGAAACCAAGCCAGCCGAGCGGCUCAACAAUAACCAGCAGCAGGCUCAUCAGCCUUAUCAAGAGGCCCAACAUCAGCAGCAUCAUCAGAGUCCUGAGGAGUGCCGCGUCCUCGAGAGGAACUACUCCGACAUGGUCAACCUGAUGAAGCUCGAGGAGCAGCUCAGCCCGCGCUCCAAGACUUUCUCCAGCUGCGCCGCAGAGCACAAGGGCUUCCAGGACUGCGAUGAAGACACCACUUCUGUCACGUCGGACCGCUCAGAGGACGUUUUCGAUAUGACCAAGGGCAACCUGUCACUGCUGGAGAAGGCCAUAGCCCUGGAAACGGAGCGGACUAAAGCUUUGCGGGACAAAAUGGCGUCGGAAGCAGUCAGGAGAGAUAGACUGCAUUUGCAUGAUGGUUUGAGGCACAGCUGCGUGGAGGAGCGGAAGGCGCGUCUGCACCACGAUGGCCUAAAGAAGCCCUACUACCUUAAAGAUUCUUCACGGUCGGGGAAAAAAGAAAGCCGCUGUCCAACGCCUGGCUGUGACGGCACAGGUCAUGUGACGGGUUUGUACCCGCACCAUCGCAGCCUGUCUGGAUGUCCACAUAAAGACAGAGUCCCACCAGAAAUUCUUGCAAUGUAUGAAAAUGUUCUUAAGUGCCCUACGCCUGGCUGCACGGGCCGGGGUCACGUCAACAGCAACAGGAACUCUCACAGGAGCCUGUCGGGUUGCCCAAUAGCGGCUGCAGAGAAACUGGCCAAAGCCCACGAGAAACAUCAGUCAUGUGAUGGAGGCAAAUCCAACCAGGCUUCAGAUCGUGUGCUCAGGCCCAUGUGCUUUGUGAAACAGCUGGAGAUUCCACAGUACGGCUAUAAAAACAACGUUCCCACUUCAACCCCGCGCUCCAACCUGGCCAAAGAGUUAGAGAAGUACUCCAAAACCAGCUUUGACUACAACAACUAUGACAACACCAACAACAUCUACAGCAAACGGCACACUGCUGCACCCAAGCUCCACGGUCGGGACACGCUGCCCAAGAGUGAUGAGGCUAAACGCUACUGCAAGAGCUCGAGCUCGGCGAGCAGCACCACGAGCAGCUACGGCCCCAGCAGCAGCAGCAGCCUGAGCUGUGGAGGAGGAGGAGCGAGAGGAGGAGAGAGCAGCGCCAGCAGCACCUGCAGCAAGAGCAGCUUCGACUACACACACGACAUGGAGGCGGCGCACAUGGCCGCCACCGCCAUCCUCAACCUCUCCACCCGCUGCAGGGAGAUGCCUCAGAGCCUGAGCGGGAAACCCCUGGAGAUCUGCGCACAGUCUGACGAUCUGGAUCCCUUCCAGGACAUUUUAGAGGACAGCGCAUACACUACCGAUGUCGGCAUUCCCAGCCCCAAACCAAAAUUCCCACCUUGCAAAGAAAGCAAAAAGGACCUGUUAACUCUUUCAGGUUGUCCUUUAGCAGAUAAAAGCAUUCGGAGUAUGAUGGCCACCAACUCACAAGAACUCAAGUGCCCGACCCCGGGCUGUGACGGCUCGGGACAUAUCACUGGAAAUUACGCUUCACACAGAAGUUUGUCAGGAUGUCCACGGGCUCGGAAGACUGGGAUAAAGAUAACACACAGUAAAGAGGACAAGGAGGACCAGGAGCCGAUCAGGUGUCCGGUGCCAGGUUGUGAUGGCCAGGGUCACAUAACAGGCAAAUAUGCGUCCCACCGCAGCGCGUCAGGCUGCCCUCUAGCGGCCAAACGGCAGAAGGACGGCUACAUCAAUGGCUCCCAGUUCACAUGGAAGGCUGGGAAGACAGACGGCAUGUCAUGUCCAACCCCGGGCUGUGACGGCUCUGGACACGUCAGCGGCAGUUUCCUGACCCACAGAAGUCUCUCUGGUUGCCCACGUGCCACAGCGGCGAUGAAGAAAGCCCGACUAUCAGGAGUGGAGAUGCUCACAAUAAAACAGCAAACAGGCAAUGGUUUAGACUGUGAUGCAGAUGUUAAACAGCUGGAUGAAGAUAUUAAAGAUUUACAUGAAUCAAAUUCACAGGUGGAGGCGGAUAUGAUCAAACUUAGAACACAGAUUACCACAAUGGAGUCUAAUCUGAAGUCCUUAGAGGAAGAAAACAAGAAAUCACUUCACAAAGAGCCUCCAGUUCGACACAACAGCUGUUUACAGAUGCAUCAGAGAGAGCCGAUGAGCGAACAGAGCUUCGACGCGUAUGUGACCACGCUAACGGACAUGUACAGCAGUCCGGAUCAGUAUCAGAGUGCCGAGAACAAGGCCCUGCUAGAGAAUAUCAAACAAGCAGUACAAGGCAUUCAAGUCUAGCAUCUCACACUGAAGGGCCACUUUCCUAAAACGAAGGAACGCAAAAGACACUUUCAGAAAGAAAAAAAUAACAAUAAUCAUGGGAUGCCUCACGCUGUGCUGUUGUAGUUUAUCGAACAGUGUUGAAUUCAUGUUCUUUUAACAAGUGUUAUGCUGACUAAACAUAGUUUUUCUUUGGGUUUAUUUUUCUGGCCUUGCUUUAAAAAAUGAUCUGCAAAAUAGUUUUUGAAAGCAUUCACAUUUCGUACGUUUUCAUAUAGGCUAAUGUAACGUGAAUCAUCCUUCUCGCUGCUCAUCGAUGCACCUUUAGUGUAUAUUAGACCACGGUAAUGCGACCACUACUGAACAUUAGUUUGCAAUGCUUGCUGAGAUAGAUCACAGAGGUUAGCUCAGUGAAAGAUUCUUUCAUCAUUAAUAUCAACGCUUACACUUUUUAAUAGUACACUUUAGACAUUAACUAGAAGUAACUUUGCAACUGCAUGUCAACCAACUCUCAUUAGAGCAGGUCACAGGUCACAUGUGUUCUGUCACAAAGUAUUCUGUAAGGUAAUCCAAGCACCACAUUAUUAAAGUAAUGUAAUCUGAUUACUUUUGGAUUCCUUCAAGGAUACAUGUGUAAAUAAAGUCAAGUAAAAAGCAAUAUUAUCAAAGUACCUUUAUUUAAUAUGAAUUUCAAAUUAAAAUUAAUGGAAACUAUUAAAACUUAGCAAUCAUGUCUUGUUUCACCAAUUAGAGAUUAUACAGCCCCACAUAUAUAUAUAU